CGUGCGUCAGUUGGUGGGCAGAGAAACAGGUGCUUUGUGUACAAAGUACAAUGAUCAAAGUGAAUGGCACGGCUAAGUACUCCCUCACUGCUAUGUAAUACUACUACCAACACUUGCCCGAUAAAACCGGUCGACCACCCAACAACUUCUUUCCUGACUAUUCUUCAACUUGUGCAAUCCUCUUCGCGACUUGUGUAUCCAAAAGGGUGUUAAGAGACAUCUUCCACUGUUCGUGUACAUUACAGCAUUCGAGACACUUCACCGGGCCAUCAACCUCCAACUUAUACAAGCAACUUAUCGCAAACGCCACGACUGUUCUGCUGCUGCUCGGACACAUUACUUGUGAUAUCUGAGCUCCCCCAACCUUUCCUUCCUCUCCAACACCUGUAAACAAUAACAAUAAACAAACACCCAUCAAGCACACACCAACAAAACCAACCGCCAAAAUGGAAGUGAUACCCCUCAUCCUCCGCUUCAUCCAGCUCAUCUUCCUCAUCAUCCUCACCGGCCUCAUUGGCAACGUCAUCGCCCUCGAUGUCGACGCCUCCACCACCGCCCGCGCCGCCAUCAACUUCACCAUGUUCGUCAUCGCGCUCUCGUGGGUGGUCGCUCUCUUCGGCCUAGUCGCCGCCAUUUUCCAGAGCGUCGCCAUUCCGCUCGUCAUGCUCAUUUUCGACGCCGCCGCCACGCUCUUCACCGUCGUCGCCGGCAUCGUGCUGGCGGCCAAGUUGGGUACUCCGAACUGUGGAAAUCUUGCGAAUGAUCAUUAUGGACAUAAGUGGAUCGCGUACGGGAGUGCCGAUGAUGCGAAGAGGUGCAGGGAGAUUCAGGCGGGAACGGUGUUCAUGUGGUUGCUUCUUGCGGCGUUCUCGGCGGCGUUGACGUUGGCGAUUAUGAGCUGGAGGAGGACGGGCGGAAGCGUGAGGAGCGGGCCGACCAUGUCACAGGUGGUCGUCUAAGGCGGUCGGGGAGAUGGAGUGGUGGUGGUGGUUGGAAACCUUGAGAAAGUGCUCGGGAAGAGUGUUGAAGAAAGCUGGAGAGCCUGGAUAGUUUUGGUGGUAUGCUUGGAUGAUGGUAUGAGUAGGGCUAUGGCAGCAAGGAUGAGUUAUGGUGAUGGAUAGCUAUUCGCUUCAUCAUGGGUGUGCGGUGUCGCAACCCUCGACAAUUAUACCCAGAUCAGUGUAAUUACGUAGUGAUGGCUUGGGUUAAUAUGGCGAACGAGGAAAGGAAGAUCAGAACCUGCAUGUUAUAAUAGUAUCAGUCGAACCUAAAGUCAGCAAUAGUAAUGGGUAUAAUUGGCAUUGUCUGAUGAUCAGAUGUAUCUGCAGAGCUUCAACGCUUGCUUCCACAAGUAUAACG